GGGCCGACUUGGUUGUAUAGAGAGAGAGGUUCCCGUGGGGCGGCGGCGGCGGCGGCUGCAUGGCCUGGGCGCUGGCAGACAAGGGUGACCUUCACUCUCGCAUCCCACCAACAGGGCGCGCCUUCUAGCUGCGUCAUUGUCUGAGCUUCUUCAUUUUACAAAAGUACCCCCAGGUAGCUUCUUCGCUUCCAGUCUUUUGAUCACCUCUUGGGGCAGUCGCACCUUGGCCGCUAUUUCUGCCCUUCGACCUUGGUUCAAUGUACCGUCCUACCAAUCGCCCCUCUACCCUCCAUCUCGCUCCCUCAACGCCACUCUCAGACGCCCUAUAGACCUGGACAAGGUUUCACAGUGACGUGAACGGCGGCAGUGCUUUCUUUCAACGCCCUCGAUAUUCCGACACCCUCGAUCCACCGACACGGACACGAUAAAUGGCACCCCCGGCUGGCGUCAACGGCGUCUUGCCCGUCAGCGUCCUCCAGAAGAAUGCUCCCCCACAGGCGCCUCGCGGGCCCAAAGCUGCCCAGCCACGCCUGAAGCUCAUCUGUCGGCGACUGCCUCCAGGCUUGACCAAGGCUGAGUUCGAGAGCCUACUGGGCGCCGAGUGGAAGUUGGGAGCUGGCAAGAUUGACUGGAUGAAUUAUAAGAAAGGGAACAUCUCCACAGAUGCCGCCAAACCCUCUAGGCCGGCCCGGGCAUACCUACAUGUCACAAAGCAGGAGCACGUCAGAGUCCUCGGGGACCAGAUCCGCGCCGCUACUUUCAACGACGCCGCAAAGUCAUGGCAGGAUGGCGCCCUCAUCGGCCCUCCUACGCUCGAGUACGCCCCGUACCCCAAGAUGCCAGGCGGACGCCGCAGGAACGACAACCGACAGGCCACCAUCGACCAGGACCAGGAGUUCAAAGACUUCCUCGAGAGCCUGACAAAUCCCAUCACGAAGCCCGCUGCCCCCGAGAACGAGGCCCAGAAGGAGAAGGUCAAGACGACACCCCUAAUCGAAGCGCUACGAGAGAAGAAGGCGAACAGGGACAAGCCAAAUACAAAGGCCAACCGAUCAGGUCGUGGAGACGGCAAAGACGACACUGCAGAUCGCGCUGAGAAGAAGAUCAUGGCCAAGCCAGGCAAAGAGAAUGCGCUCAACGCAGGAGAUAAGAACCGCCGACUCACAAAGGCUGACAAGGCUCAAGCCACCAAGGAAGCAGUCAAAAUCCUGAACAAGGAGGCGUCCUCUUCCAAGACGAAUGCUUCGACUGACAAGGCUUCCGCUAGCCCAGCUCCAGAGCGCAAGCGCGCCAAUGUUGCGCUUGCUAAAUCGAUGCUCCAACGCGAUCUCGGCGUUGGACCAGCUCCUAACCGUCGACGCGGAACAAAGCGCGAGGUUGCCUCUGCUGUGUCAGACAGCGUAGCUCCGGCCAAAGAUGCAGUCACAGCAGACCAGAAGGCGAAGGAAGCAUCUGCCACCCAUACUGCUGCAGCUUCCACCUCCGACCAGACGGCACAGGCACACAAGAAGGAGCGACCAACCCGCGCCGAACGACGUGCAUUCAAGGCUGGUUUGACAGACAAGUCGAACAACAAGACUGGUGCCGAGGAUGCAAAGGCGACGCCAACCAAGGCCCCGGCCCCUCAGAUCCUAAAGAAACCCCAAACUGCACCUGCUACAACUGCACCCAAGGGCCCCGCUGCUUCGCGAGCUCCACCCACCGAACCUGCCUCUGCCAGGAACACUCUACCUUCAAAGCAGCCAACAACUCCAGCGAAGACAGAAGCAACACCAACCGCGCCCGCCGGCGUUACUGCGAAGGCAGCGCCAGCUCCACCAACUCCUUCCCCCACAAGCAAACAAGCGUUCCUCAAACAUGCGAAUCCAUCCCAAGGUAUCACCGAGCCACUCAUUGAGGAGGCCUUGAAAACCUUCGGGGGCAUCGAGAAAGUCGAGAUCGACAAGCGCAAGGGCUUCGCGUAUGUCGAUUUUGCCGAGCCCGAAGGUCUACAGAAGGCAAUGGCUGCCAGCCCCAUACAGAUUGCUCAAGGUGCUGUCCAAGUCCUCGAACGCAAAGAGAAGGUAGCCAGGAACGCGAACCCUCGCUUCAAUGGCCCUCCGACAGGACCAGCCCGGGGCGGUAGGGGUGGAUUUGCAUCUCGUGGACGCGGCGGUCGAGGAGGCGCCAGGGGCGGGGGUCAUAUCGUUAGCGGUCCGGCUACAGGGGCUGGUGGCACGACGCCUGCUUCGCCAGCUGCUGCUGCUGCUCCUCCGGCUCCUACACCCGUUACCAGUGCUGAUGCCGCAACAUGAGGCUCGCCUUGACAUCGUCACAGACUGGCGAAACACGAACUCAACACCAUUGCUAUGAUUCGUCAUCCAAGCUGUAGUUCUGAUGGUACACUACUAGUAACAUCUCCAACGCCCUUGCUAUAUGGACUACGAAGACAUACGGAAGAGUCGGUCCAUGUCUUGAAUAGCUCCGUAUCAGCUUAUUUGUGGAUUGAGCAUCAUCAACAAGUAUACUGACCAGGCAUGUUAUCACACCGCGUGGGAAACCCGGCAUGCUGAGGGCCGGUAUUGACAGAGAGCAUGCAAUAUGAGGAAUGACAGCACGGCACAUUAUGGCGGUUUAAGACAGACUAUGUAGUAGCUCAGUACGAUGCAAGUUAGAUAGAUAGCGAAUAGUCAACGAGAUAUGAAUAGGAGACUUUAUCUUGCC